UUGACUGAAGCUCAUCCUGACCCCGCCUACUCAAUCAGUGUUAAUUGAAAAAUCCUGCGAAGGGUCCCAAAAAUCAUCUGGGUGAGUUUACAUGUGUGUCAGUUGGACGUGGACACCCGCUUGUGGAUGAAAUCAACUCUUCUGGUGGAGAAAUGGCCAGCAUAGAAGUUUUAACGAGUCGGUUUAAUUCGUAUGAUGUCAUGUACAGCGGUGAUUUACGGGAGCAAACCUUUGCCGACUGGCCCUUUCGAGAAGAUUGCAACUGCACACCUGAAAAGAUGGCCAAGGCUGGUUUUGUGCACUGUCCCGGUGACAAUGAGCCCGAUGUGGUUUGCUGCUUCUUCUGUCUGAUUGAGCUGGAGGGCUGGGAGCCUGACGAUGACCCCUGGUUCGAGCACAUAAAACGCUCACCUAAGUGUGCAUUCCUCCACCUGAAGAGAGACUUCCCUGAGCUGACAUUGGCUGAGAUGUUCCACUUGGAGAGUGAGAGGGUCAAGAUCUUUGUUAGAAAAGUUUGCCACAAGAAGAUGGCACAUAUGCGGGAUGCGGUGGACGAGGCCCUUAAAGGCUUUCGAUCACAAUUGGAUUCCGUAUGACCAUGCUUGACCCUGGACAGAUGGCGUGAAGCCCCUCCCUUCCAAGACCAACUGUUGCCUCAGUAACAUCUGUUACAAAUGGAAAGAGACUGCGCACUGAGCGGACCCGUCACAGCACUCUCCGAACACUACCGGGAGCACUCAUGAUGAGGCUAAGCUUCCGAAUGACAAAUGUGCUAAUGUUAAUAUUGGUUGAGACAGCAGUUGCUAAUCUUCAUUGCCAUGAUCCAGCUCUAGAUAUAGCAUGUUGGAUUGGUAGAGUUUUUCAAAAUUUUAAAGUUGUUGUCUUCUGAUCGAGCCUGAGUGAAGCUCACGGCGACAGGGUUGGCAAAAUGGGAUUAAAGCGACACUAUAUCUCUUCUCUGACCUUCACUCUUCUGGAUGAAUGUCUAAUGUAACACUCUGGCCACUCAGCGCAGAUCAGAGGCUUAAUUCCUUUUUAGCCGGUGGC